GGCCCCCCCAGCUGUCCCCAGCCACCUGUCCCUGUCUGUCUCAGGACUGCCUUCCCAUGCUCCAUCCAGUCCGCGGGGCCCAGUGCAGAGGCUGUGGGGCCCGCUGAGGAGGGAGGGACGCUGCUCCUGUCUCCAUGACAACCAAAGCCUUGGAGGAGCUGGACCGGGGCCUGGGCAGCUGCCUGGCUGGCGAGGACCUCUCUGUGCUGGUGGAGGCCGGCCUGGGCUGGCCGCAGGAGGACAAGGCCCGAGCGACACCCAGGGUAGCUGAGACCAGCAGCCGGCCCCAGGUUUCUCAGGAGCUGCAGGCGGGGAGCGGUGUGGAUGCCAGGCACAAAAAGAUGGAGAAGGAGGCUAUGGCCAGGGGAACACCAGACCCCGGAAAAGAGAAGCUGAAAUCCGGAGCGAGUGGGUUUGCAGCAGCCUGGGAUAAAAAGAGGGCGGGCGUGAGCACGCCCCCGGGCCUGAGCGAGGAGCUGCCCUGGGGAGAUGUGACGGUCAACAAGUGCCUGGUCCUGGCUUCGCUGGUGGCGCUGCUGGGCUCGGCUUUCCAGCUGUGCCGCGAUGCUGUGGCUGGAGAGGAGCCGGCCCCCACCCCGUGGAUCUCACCGAUCUCACCCCCCAAGGACCCAGCUGUGCACGCAUCUAAGCCCGUCGCCUGGGUGCCCCCAUCGAAACCACCUGCGUCCCAGGUGGGGCCACCUGCACCUCAGGCAGAGGCAGGGGACAAGCCAGAGGUUUCCAGGAGCCGGCAGGCUGCAGAGAAGGUGCAGGGAGAUCCCGGGAGGGUCACAGGAGAGGCCGCUGAGGAAGAGCACGUGACUCUUGCCGAGCAAGCACCCAAGGAGAAGCCAAGGAAGGAGAAGCCGGGGAAGGAGAGGCCGCAGAAAGACAAGAAGCCUUGGAAGAAGAAACCGCGGAAGGAGGAGAGGCCACAGAAGGAGAGGCCACAGGCUGCCAGAGAACCCAAGGAAGCUCUGCCCCGACGCUGGGAGGCGCGCGAAGGGGGCCAUCGGCCAUGGGCGAGGGACUCCAGGGACCCCGAGCACCGGAAAAGGCAGGCCUGGGCCUCCCCGCGGCGCUCCGAAGAGGACCAGCCCCCGGGCAAGCAGAAGCACCGCCUGGGCAAAGGGCGGAACUGAGCCGUGCUGGGUUCUCCGUGAGAAUCCCAGGACCCAUCUACAGCCUCCGCCGUGGCUCCAGCAAA